UCAUUUCCUUGCUGUGCCUGUGCUUGCUUGCUGUACUUUGCUGUGCUCGCUGUGCUUGUGCUGUGUGCUUGCUUGCUGCCUGCUGCUGGUCCCCACCAACAAACUCAACCCACCCCCUCCCCACCCCCCAAUUGCACGCCAGCCAUACCAGUCCGGUCACUCCCUUACAUAGCCCACAUUCCCUCGCAUGCAAUGGACGCUGUGCAGAACCCACAUGACGGGUACGUCGACCAGCAAUGGGUUGACCUGGGAAAUAUGCAGCAACAACACCACCAUCACGCGCAGCAGCAGCAACAGCAGCAGCAGCAACAACAUCACCAUCACGGACACCAUCCGCUCUCGCCGCAUCACCAGCAGCACCACCAACACCAACAGCAGCAGCAGCAGCAGCAGCAGCAGCAGCAUCACCAGCACCAACAGCAGGAUUAUGGAGCUCACUAUGGCUAUGUCGAGGCCUCCGGCUUCGCGCCGCCAGACUCCUUCAGACUACAGAAUCCUUCCAUUCCGAUAGCUCCCAGUUAUCUAGGGCUCCCGCAGCAAUGGGGCCAACAACAACAACAACAAUCGAUGCAGACCGGCCAGCAACCGCAGUAUGGAGGCAUGCCACAGCAACAGCAGCCAAUUGCUCCUCCGCAGCUCGCAGCUGCCGCGGCCAUAACGGCUUCCGCCAGUAAUCCCACGCAGUCGACUUCAAGUCCGCGCCGGACCCUGACUGAUGCUGACCGCCGGAGAAUGUGCAUUUUCCACGAGGAGAAUCCGAAUGUGAAGCAGACCGAGAUAGGAGCGAUGUUUGGCGUUGAACGAAGCACCGUAUCCAAAGUCCUCCGACAAAAAGAAAAAUACCUAUUUCCAGAUGAUGGCAGUAGAUCGCCAGUCAAGCGGAGCAAGGGCAAAUUUCCGGACAUAGAGCGCGCAUUAUCGGUGUGGGCAAAAAAUACUAGGAAGCAGGGCAUCACGUUGACGGACGUGAUGAUUCGCGAAAAGGCCAGGUUCUUUGCGACGAGCUUGGGCAUCUCCGACAGCCACUUCAAAGCCAACAGCGCCAGUUGGCUGGAGAAGUUCAAACAUAAAAACAACGUGCAUCCAAACGGACGGGGGAGAUCCGAGAGCGAUGUGAGUGGCAUGUCGCGGGGCAGGAUGGGUCACUCGAGGAACGACUCGACCGUGAGUUCGAUCGCUUGCCACGAAGGCGACGGCGAUUCGCCCAUGGCCAUGAAACACUGCAGGAGUCAGGAUGGCGGCGAUUCCCCGGAAUCGUACAUGCCGAUGGACAUCUCGUACAAGUCGUUCCAGCACUCAGGUUCGGGAAGCCCUGGCCCAUUCAUGUUGGGGACGUUUACCGAUGCAGGGGAUUCACUAGGACCAACUUCGCCGCGAUCUCCAUUCUUCUCUCCGGACUCUGCCCAGCCGAGCCCGGGAUUUCCUUCCCAACAGGGCCGCAUGCCCGGUACACACCAGAGGCCGCGGUCCCAAACGUUCCCGUGCAUGCCCAUGGACGGGAGUUACAUCUCACCUCCGCCUUCAUCGGAGCCAUUGACUCCGAAGCUCUUUGGCCAGGGCUCGACAGCGCUUGCAUCACCCAUACCGGAGGUUCCCAACCCAUUGGCUUCCCCGCACAUGACCCCGUCUUCAUCGCACACAGGGCCAUCGGGCAGCGGAAGUCCAGGGACACCAUCCGGGGUUGCACCGAGUAAGGACGACGCCAAGAAGGCAUUAGAGGUGGUCAUGUCGUUCCUCCGACAGCAGCCCGUGGGAUACGUCGAGCAGGAUGAAUAUGUCAUGGUUGACAAGUUACUGGAGAAGUUCGGAUUGAACGGUCUUCCAGUUGGCAGCGGCAGUCCGAUAGAAGCUGUUGCCGCCAGCAUCGGCUUCUCCACGGACACCCCUUGACACCAUCUCCAUCGCCAUCCUUCUCUUUUUGUCUUUUCGUCCUUUUCCGGAUAUUUACGUUUAUUAGAGGGGGUUACCUCGGGGUUUCUUAACUGCUUCGCCUGCGUAUUCCCUGACGUCUUUUUUGCUACUCCGGAUGAUACCCUCUCGCAUAUUUCUUUUGCAUGGCGUAUCCAGGACUUCUCCCUGGGCUUCAUUUUUGGGUCUGCUUCUACUACUGUAUUUCCACUUUUCUUUUUUUUUCCUACGGCAUCGUCAUUUCUCAAAGAGGUUUUUCUUU